CUUAUUCUUUUUGCCGUUGCUCUUAUAAUUGCGUUUUAACAUGUAUUUUUUCAUAAGAAGUGCUAUUCUAAAAAAUACAUGAACUGCUGGUUUUGUUUUUUGGGAACGGUGUAGAGUGAUCUUUGUCCACAUUAAGGGGGCUCUUGUGACUCUGCACCAUGGCCUGCUGGAUUUUUACUUUUGGUUUCGCCCCUGUCUCUGUCAUUGCAGAUUUGCUCUGUACGUAGGAGAACAUGCAAAAUCACAUCCCUCACAGCAAUGGUCUUCCCCAAUGGCAGUGGCCUCUUCCAGCAGGGUAAUGCGCCCUGCCACACUGCAGAAAUUGUUCCAGAAUGGUUUGUGGAACAUGAAAAAGAGUUCAAGGGAACAAAAGAAACGUUAAGGCUGAAAAGAUGUGAAUUUAGAUUUAAUGCAGCAUGGGGCAAAGGCCAAUAGAUAAGCAUGGUCAGCAGAGGCAGAAGAUGGUUAUCCUGGCAACCAUCUUCCUGAUAACGACACUGCUGAUACUGCUCAGCUCCAACAGCGGCAGUGAGAUGUACAGCCCGUUCCAUAACAGCUUCCACCAUAAAGUUAUGUUCACGGAUCUUAAGAAGUGGGCGGGCAAGGAGGGCUAUGUCGCAGUCAACGGCAACAAGAGCAUGACCCUGCAUUGUCGCCAGUGUGCACUGGUCACCAGCUCCAGUCAAAUCCUGGGCACUGGUGCUGGAGAUGAGAUCGACCAGACGGAGUGUGUGAUUCGUAUGAACGACGCACCCACCACGGGCUUCGAGCCGGACGUGGGCAAUCGCAGCACGCUGCGCGUGGUGGCCCACUCCAGCGUGUUCCGGGUAGCCCGUCACCCCAGCGAGUUCCUCAACAAGACCCCAGACCUUGUCGUAGUAUAUUGGGGCCCCCCCACCAUGAUCGGGAAGGACUCCAAAGGCACCCUCUUCCGCCUGAUCCAAAGGAUGAGCAUGACCUACUCCAACCUGUCCAGUUUCACCAUCGCGCCCAGCAAGAUGCGCAAAUUCGACAGCCUGUUCCAGAAGGAAACGGGCCGGGACAGGGCGAAAUCUCGAUCUUGGCUAAGCACCGGCUGGUUUACCAUGGUGAUCGCCAUCGAAAUCUGUGACAGCAUUCAUGUGUAUGGCAUGGUUCCUCCUAAUUACUGUGUAACGGGGCCCCACCCAAAACGCAAAAUGCCAUACCACUACUAUAAGCCGAGGGGCCCAGACGAAUGCCUGACUUAUCUGCAGAACGAAAGAGGACGUAUGGGAAACCAUCAUCGCUUCAUUACUGAGAAGCAAGUGUUUGCGCGCUGGGCCAAGCUUUACAACAUCACCUUUUCCUAUCCGAGGUGGUGAUGUAAGGUGACGCAGGGCCUGGCAGUGUCACCUGGGUAGGCAGGGAGGUGACAGCACAGGGCACUGGCUACGCCCAGACCCUUUUAGAUCCCAUUCACACCUAAUCACGGCCUAAGAUCUGUUAACCAGGAGAUAUAAGCGGGUAGGUUACUUUGAUUUCUUAUGGUGUUCUUGGUAUGCUGGGUUUACCCCGGAACACAGGGAAUGCCAUAAAUCAAACGGUAGUAUCUGGGGAACUAUCAGGAUAGAAGCUACGAGGCACGUUAGCAAGGCCUCUACAAGCACUGAAUGUGUCAUCGUUUAAAACUAGGAAGAAGCUAUGAACCUGAGAAUGUGUUCGUUUCUCUGAAAGAAGGACUUUCUGAGAUUUGACUAAUGAUUUGUAAAUAAGAAUUAUAUGUUGAUUUCCUAAAGAUGUAUUUUUUCAUGUUUAUAGUGUUUUUUUUUUUUUAAUAAGUGUUGACUGAUGUUGGAAAAACUACUUACCACUGAAUCAUUUGGCAUUUUGGGAAAAUUCUUAGACACUGAAUGUAAUGUCGUAUGUAACCAACAUGUGAUGUUCGAACAAAUCACCAAAACCUUUUAUACUUGCGGUGUGAUUUCAUUUGCUCACAUGCCUUAUCCACAUACCCAUGGUUACUCAGUGCUAAUAUUUUAGCAUAAAUUGUCACUUGGAGUAAAAAUGACAAGAAUCCAUGAAGUGUCAUUGUCUGACAGUAUGACUACAAAUGUACUAUCCCAUCUGAUACUUGAUUCUACAAGUUUGUUAAUGUACACAUAUAUGCUGUUUUGUGACAAUAGGUGAGAAAUGUGGAAGAAGAAUGUUACUAUUAUGAAACUUUCUGUUCUACUUUACAGAACAAUGUUGAGUUAUAAAAGGCAUGCAGAUAUUGAAAUGAAUGAUAUAAUGUUUUUGAGAA